UCAGUGGAGCAUAGAACCUGCAAUAGAACACAAACAUGGAGAAAAUCGAUUUUAUCGACGUAAAGCCUUCAGCUAAGGCCACCAUUUCGUAUCCCUCUGGAGUUGAGGUCGAUUUGGGCAAAGAGUUGACUCCCACUCAGGUUAAGGAUCAGCCCACAGUUACCUGGGAAGCUGAUGCUGGCUCCCUGUACACUCUUCUGUUGCUUAACCCAGCUCCUCCAGUCCGAGAAGAACUGAAAUUCAAGGAGCUUUUGCACUGGGCUGUUAUCAAUAUUCCCGGCAAUAAGGUAGCCGAUGGUCAGGUUCUGGCGGAAUAUAUUGGAUCAGUUGCCCAAGAGGGUCUAGGCCUGCUUCGUUAUGUGUUCCUGGUGUUCAAGCAGACCGAAAAAAUCACCACUGAUGAACUAUUGCCUAAAGGAAUCCGAGAUCUCCGCCGCGUUAUUAAAACUCGUGACUACAUUGCAAAGUAUAAUUUGGGUGCUCCAGUCGCGGGAAACUUCUUUGAAGCCCAAUACGAUGAUUAUGUUCCCAUUCUCCAAGCCCAGUUGAAGUAAGAUUUGAAAACUACCGCUUGUACUUUAUUUUGGUAAAAUUUAACAGAUGCACUAAGAAAUUAAAAUAAAGAAUUACAAUUUUGAACUAA